CCAGGUUCCUGCUGCCAAUCUCCUCUGCUUUUGUUCUCACUUUGGGUGAUUCCCAAGUGUUUUUUGAGCUGUGUUGGGUGAUUCCCACGUAUGUUUGAGCUGUUUUGGGUGAUUCCCAUGUUUCAUUGAGCUGUUCUCCUGUUUUUGGUGGUGUUUGUCUUUGUUUGUGCUGGUUUUUCCCCCUGGUCUGUCUCUUGUUGCUGCCUUCUUGCACCACUGCUGUUUUUUGUUGGUUUGAGCUAUGGGUCAUAGUAAGAAGAACAAGAUGAAGAAGGGAACUAGGAAAAACAGCCAUAACAUUACAAACUUUGUCUUUGAUGGAACGCCGGUUAGUGAGGCAAAGCAGCGGGGGGCUGCCGGUCAGAGCAGUGGUAAACCACACCAAUGUAAUGAUGCUGGCCAGGCCUCCUCCUCUUCGGCUGAUGUUAGUGUCACGCUAAACCUAGUCGACUGAUAACUCGGGUUUGGAUAUCUUAUUUGUGGAGAAAGUGCAGCAAAAGGCCAAAGUACAGUUCAAGUUUAAAAAGAAGAGAUCAAAAUUGGGUUGAAGCCCAAUCCAUCAUCAACAACAAUAACCGGCCCUUUCCUCCUUUGCUUUUUAAUUCGCACAAGUAAAAGAAAAAAAGUCUACGACUCCUUCGCCAUCGUCAACGGAGCGCAGCGCCCAAAUCAAACGCAUAACUCCUCCAACGUUCUGCUCCAUCAAUUGCGCAGCAAUCAAUUAUCAACGGGAAGAAUUCAGCUCCUCCUUCUAUAAAUUGAAGAGAAUCGACACACAUGAAAAGGGGGAAAUAUCACGGAGAGAGCCGCGGCUCUAGGCCGCGGCAAAUGAAAUUGAGCCGCGGCAGUGGCGGUGGUGGCGGCCGGCAGACGUGAACCGGCGGCGGAAAAAGCUCCGGCGAGUGGUGGGCAGUCUUCUUCAAGCUCCAAUUUCUUCAAUUUCAUCUUCUUCUUCAUCAAUUGGUAACCCUAGCUUGUUUCUUCAAUUUUGUUCUCCAAUUCUUUGUAAAGUGUUGUUUUUAGUUUAAUUUUUACAUUCUUGUUUAUUUGUUUGUGUUAAUUUCGAAAAUUCCAAAAAUGGUUGGUGUUCUUCUUUUUGGGGUUUUUUUUAAUAUUUAUAUAAUCCCUUAUGAAUGAGAAUUGAUUCUUUCUUAUUUACUUAAAUUAUUGCACAAGUUGUUGUUAAAUUGGUUGAAUUGUUUCAAAUUCAUAAGUAGGUUGUUAUGUAGAAUUCGGUUUUUGUUGAAGCUAUUUUAGCUCCAUAAGAUAGUUAAAUGAACUCUGAAUUCAUACGUGUUUCUUUGUUGUGCUUGUGUUCGUUGAUUUUAAGGAUUUUGGACUUCUUAGCCCCAUAAGUUGAUUCAUUUUUCUUAGAAUUCGUUAUAAAGUGAUUUUGUUAUGUUAUAUGUUUGUUUUCCAUUUUCUUUGAAUUGAGAUUGUUUAAGUGCAAUAAACAAUUCUUGAUUUAUUGAAAAUACGUUGUGUUCUUCUAUGUGAAUAGAAAAAACGUCAUUGGUUUGAGAAGUUCAUGGAAAUCUGUGAAAUGUGCUCAUCAUUAGGAGAAAAGGUUUAUUAAAAUGCAUAAGAUAUUGGCGGUUUGUGAAUAGAUUAUGCAUGAGAGUUAGAAUGAAAAAAAAUUCGCUCUUUUAUAAACUUUUUCUAUAGUGGAAGUAUGUUUUCAUGCUUGAUUGGUGAGUUGGGGUUCUAAGGUAUAUUUCAAAAUGGGCCUUUGAAUUGCAUGACUCCGGGCCGUGUGGAGAGUUGACAAUCCUCCAUAUCGUGGUUAAGGAAAUGAAUCGACUCGGCCUUUGAUUGUUUUUCCUAUUCUUAAGUGCGUAAGUUACGUAAUAUAUUGUCUACGUGCCU